AUGGCUGGUCAGCAGCAAAGGCAAGCACCACACGCGCAAGGAGGACUACCCAACGUACCAUACCUCACCGACAACCAGCAGGAUCUGCUCUUGGCAGCACUCAGCUCGCAAGCCAAGGACAGGCAGAACGCCGCCAUCUCCCGACCUGGCAGUACCGGAGUUAACAAGCGCACUACUUCCGACUCACAACCAGGCAGUAUGAGCGGUAGCGCGCUGUUCAUGAGCCCGCAGGACGCGGAGCUCAACAACUUCGACGCCGACUACGAGCCAGAUCUCGACUAUCUGGACGGCGAUAACAGUUUCGAUUUCGACAACGCGGAUCUUGGCGGCGAGAUGAUCGGCGCCCUUCCCGGUGACAGCCAGGAUGACCUCAAUGGCCAUGGGGACUCGCAUGAGAAGCGCAAGAGUCCGGACGAGAAGGACGACGAUGAAGAAGGUGAUUCGAAGCGACAAGAGACGCAAGAUGGUGAGAAGAGCGCCAAGAAGCCGGGCAGGAAGCCGUUGACGAACGAGCCGACGACGAAGCGGAAAGCGCAGAACCGUGCAGCCCAGCGCGCCUUCCGCGAGCGCAAGGAGAAGCAUUUGAAGGAUCUCGAAACGAAGGUGACUGAGCUCACCAAGACGCAAGAAGCGGACAAGCACGAGAAUGGCCUGCUCAAAGCCCAAGUCGAGCGCCUUCAGUCCGAGCUGCGCGAUUAUCGCAAGCGACUGUCUCUGAAUAACGGCCCGGGCGGUCUCCGCGGCUCUCCGCCACUCAAUGCUUAUACCGGACCCGUCCGCAGCAACAGCGGCGGUCCGUCAUACGGAGGCGGGUUCCAGUUCGACUUUCCCAAGUUUGGUGCUCUGCCUGGCAGCCAGAUCUUCGGCAAUACCGAGCCAACGCAGCAGAGCAACACAACAACAACACCACCACCACCAGCGAUUCCGUGUGACCCAAACACGUCCGGUGGUGUAAGCGGCUUGCCAGGUCUCAUCCCAACCCAGGUGCAGCGUCAAGACAGCCAAAACAGUGCUCGCAGCAUGAGCCCACGUAAUGCGACCCCAACACGCAACAACUCCCAAACAAGCACGCCGCAGACGAGUGGCAAUGCCUUCCCCUCGUCUUCUGCCAGCAAUGGCGUGAGCAACUUCGACGCCACAAACGGCGGCGAAAGCACAGCCGGCUUGAACCGCGUCUUCCAGUUCAACAGCGGCAGUAGUGCAAGCGACAGCGCCUCGCCAAGUGGUAGCAGCACCAGCCAGUGGAACGCUCAAGCCAAUAGCUCCUGCGGCACAUCACCGGAACCAUCCCACGAGAGUCCCGGCCACAAAGCCAACAAUAGUGGAGUAGAGACGUACAACGACAAGAACGACACCUCGCGCCACUCAUCCAACUCCCUCCCCACAUACACCUCAGAAGACCCGCACGCAUCCACCAGCCUAUCCAACAUCAACCUCACGAACAGCAACCUCGACUUCAGCAUCCCCUCAAACACCACCUUCGACCCCGUCCUCUUCAACGACUACCGCGAUCCCACCCUCGACCCCACCUUCGGCGGCACCGACUUCUCCAAUGGCGGCUUCUUCGACGAUACUUUCAACACCACCGCGCCCUUCGAUUACGGCUCCCCCAGCAACCUCUUCGGGAUCUUGCAGAGCCCGCAGCAGAGCAGCGCCACGCUUGGCAGUACUGUGACUCCGAGUGUGAAUAAUGCGAACAAUGCACCGAUGUCCAGUGCCAAUCUCAUGGCGCAGAUGGAUAAGGCGAGGGAUGGCGGGGAUGACGAUUAUGGUUUGCCUGGUAGUGGGAUGCAACCGCAAGCCCAGCAGCAGCAGCAGAAGACGAAGCUGAUCAGUUGCAACAAUAUCUGGAACCAACUGCAAUCCAACCCCUCCUUCCAAAACGGCACCUUCGACCUCGACAGCCUGUGCUCCGAACUCCGCGCCAAAGCCCGCUGUUCCGAGUCCGGGGUCAUGGUAUCGCAAGACCACGUCGACGCGGCGCUGAAGAAGCUGGGCAAGAAGGAUGAGAGUAGUGGGCGGUUCAUGCCGAACAUGGAUGCCGGCACGGGAGGGGUGGUGGAGGCGCCGAGCCUGAUGUUCGAGCAGGAGAGCUGGGAUAAAGUUUUGAGGAAGCUUGGUGGGGGUGGUGGUGGGGGGCAGUAG